AUGCGUGGACAGCGUCUCUUGGUGCAGGUGGCUCUGCUGGCCCUCCUGGUUGUCACAUUGACAAUGGCGGAGGGUGGAAAGGCAGACAGACAAGGUAAAAAAGAACGUAAAUCGGACUGUGGGGAAUGGCAGUGGAGUGUGUGCGUGGCCAAUGAGGGAGACUGUGGUCUGGGCACCAGGGAGGGCACUCGUACUGGCACAGACUGUAAACAGACCAUUAAAACCCAGCGUUGUAAAAUCCCUUGCAACUGGAAGAAACAAUUUGGAGGUGAGUGUAAGUAUGACUUCCAGGCAUGGGGAGAGUGUGAUAUGACCACAGGAAUGAAGAAUAGGACAGGUGUUCUUAAACGAGCCCUCAUGGACGCUACCUGCCCCAACACUGUCAGUGCUACCAAGCCAUGUGGCAAGAUCCCGAAGAUCAAGCUCCAAGACUCAAAGAAGCAGAAAAAGGAAGGGAAAAAGAGGGUGCGAACUCCGAUGGACUAG